AGUCGCUUUAAAAUGACGCAGCAAAUAAUAGCACAUGAGAUGACAGCCCUAUUGCAAAGACAGCAUUUUAGAGCAUGACAAUGCCCCUGUGAACAAAGUGAGGUCCAUAAAGAAAUGGUUUACUAUGUCUGGCAUGGAAGAAAUUGACUGGCCUUCACAAAGCCCAGACCUGAACCCCACUGAUCACUUUUGGGGUGAACUGGAACAGCAACUGAUCUUUAGAUUAAAUGGCCACUGAUAUGGCCAGUAUACCUGCAGUGCAGGAGAGCAGCCAUGAAUCUACAAAGCAUGAAAAUGAAAAGGUACAGACUGGAGAAGGGGAAACUCUGUCUAAAAGGCAAAGAAAGAGACUUCUCAAGAACCAACAGUGGGAGGAACAGAGAGAACUUCGCAAACAAAAGCGUAAGGAGAGAAAACAGCAGAGGAAACUUGAGAGACAAACGCAGGCUGAUGAUGGAGCGGAGUGGUCAGGAAAGAAGCGUCUGCGCAGAUCAGCAGAGCCCAGCUCUCUCAGACUGGUCAUAGACUGCAGUUUUGAUAACCUCAUGAUGCUCAAGGAUGUAAAGAAACUUCACAAGCAGAUUCAAAGGUGCUAUGCUGAGAACAGACGAACUCUACAUCCUGUACAGUUUUACCUCACAAGUCAUGGUGGACAGUUAAAGCAAAUCAUGGAUGAAAUUAACAAAGGCUGGGUGAACUGGAAGGAUGUCCAUUUCAAGCCCGACCCAUUUCAUGAAAUCAUGAGCAAGGAGGACCUAGUCUACCUCACCUCUGAUUCACCAAAUGUGCUUCAAGAACUGGAUGAGGCCAAAGCCUAUGUGAUUGGAGGCCUGGUGGAUCACAACCACCAUAAGGGAAUCUCAUUUGAUCGUGCCAAAGAGCUUGGCAUUGCCCAUGCUCAGCUUCCACUGGGCAGUUUUGUCAAGAUGAAUAGCCGUAAGGUGCUGGCUGUCAAUCAUGUUUUUGAGAUCAUUCUGGCAUUCCUGGAGAAACGAGACUGGCAGGAAGCUUUCUUUACUGUUCUGCCUCAGAGGAAGGGAGCUGUACCAGUGGGCAAGAUUGGACAGGGCAAUGAUGAGGAAGAGGAAGACUCUGAUCAAGACUCUGACUCAGGCCAUCUAAUCUCAGAAAAGAGAGCGGACUCAAAGGACCAAUCAUCUAGCAAACAGGAAGAACUCCAAGAUGUACUAAACCAGUCUGAUUCCAGUGAGCGAAAUACAGCAUAGAGGGAUACGACUGCUUGAUGCUAUCUUGUCCUUUUGGCAAUUGUUUUAAAUUAUCAGAUUUUUUUUUUUUUUUUUUUUUAGCUUGAUGAUGUCUCUGUUGGAUAUGAGAUGCUUUAUGCAAAGGUUUGGAGUGAAGAUGUUUUUGUUGAAAACAAUUUUGAACACUUGGACAAAUGACAGCUUCCCUUUUGCAGACUCUAUCAUUAUUUUUUGUUGUUGUUUAUGUAUCAAUACAGAUGAAUAUUGUAUUACAGAGUAUAUUCCACAACCCUGUCUGGUCUUAUUUGAUCAAUUGCUGUUUUUCUGUGGCAUAAAUGAGGGUUUUGUCUAUUUAGGUGAUGAUUUAAUUUAAAAACAUCCAAACAUUUUCACAAAUAUCAGUUAACAGACCUUUCCUUUAUACCACAGAAACCUGUAUUCAUUUUAGUAAACCUAUUUGUGCAAGUAUAUUUUACUGACUCAACUUUAAUGAGCUCAUGUCAAAAUUAUGAUAUGUAAAAGCAUGCAAAAGACAUCCAAUUACAGAACAGUUAAUCGAUUGAUCAAGGCCCAUACUGUAUGUAUGCAACAUCUUAGAAAUAGUCUCAAGCUUUGACUUCAAUGUCUUGGCAAAAAGUAGGACCUCAGAGCUUUUUUUAAAGAACCUAAACAAAACGUGGCAAAGUCAUAUUAAUACAUUAGUAAUCAAGUCAUAUAAUCUGUCGAUUAUUUAUUUAUUUGAUUAACAAGAUGAGAUGGCCAAAUGUUAUUCCUGUAUUUUAAUAGGAAAAAGAACAUUAUUCUACAUAUUCCAAACAAUGUGUACAUUGGAGGCUAAAAAAAAAAAAAACAGUAGCAAAAAUAUUUAAGUGCAACAGGUCAAGUUUAAACAUAAUUGCUUGCAUUACAUGUAGGAUUUAAAUUAAACAUGGUUAAAGAAUGAGAGCUUUUCAGUGAAUUAAAGGGAUAGUUCACCCAAAAUGAAAAUCCUCUCAUCAUUUAAUCACCCUCAUGCCAUCCCAGAUGUGUAUGACCUUUUUUCUUCUGCUGAACACAAAGAUUUUUUUGAAAAAUUUCUCCGCUUUGUUGGUCCUCACAAUUCAAGUGAAUAGGUACCAAAAUUCUAAAGGUCUAAAAAGCAACAUAAAAGUAAUCCUUACGACUCC